AUGGAAGGAGGAGCUGCUGCUGCCGUUGAAGUUCUAGUUCAAAACCUCAUCGACCUUUCCAAGAAAGAGAUCUCUCAAAUCCGAGGUCUUGACAAAGAUGCAGCAAAGCUAGCUGGGAGUCUCGACACAAUCAAAAGUUACUUGAAGGAUGCCGAGACGCGUAACAUCACCAACGAUGCUGUCAAGAGCUGGCUGAAGAGGCUUGAAGACGUGGCGUUCGACGCUGACAAUGUUUUGGAUGAAAUUAACUAUCAUAAUCUCUCCAAACAAAUCAAGUCCGCCGAACCCAAGAAGGAAAAGGUACCAUCAUGCUUCUCAUGCUGCAAGAAUCUUUCACGUUCUCGAAAUAUGGCACUGAAAAUCACAAAAAUCAAGGAGAAUUUGGAAUCCAUUAACAAAGAAGCCACCGAGCUUGGCCUCGUAAGGAGGCUUGACAAUGAGCCUGCUUUGGUUAUUACUACAGUGGAAACUGAUUCAUACACUCAUGAUCCAAUUUUUAUUGGAAGAGAUGAUGUUGAGUCGGAAAUAGUUGAGAUGCUUACCAAUAGCAUCACAACUGAUGAACGCGCAGUUUCCAUCAUUUCCAUUGUAGGGUUGGGGGGAUUAGGGAAGACCACAUUGACAAGGAAAGUCUUCAAUCAUCUGAAGGAUGAGACUCAGUUUGGAUCACAUAUUUGGGUGCAUGUUUCCCCAAAUUUUGAUGCAUUAACUCUUUUCAAGAAAAUUCUCAAUAACUUGACUUCUUGUCAAGCUGAAAAUGAGAGCAGGGAAGAUAUUCUUGCAAAGCUUAAAGAAGCUUUGAAAGAUAAAACUUAUCUUCUUGUUCUUGAUGAUGUCUGGAAUGAAGAUCAUUCCUGUUAA